UCACUGCCAUGAAACAUCACCAAAAGCGUGCCCUGAAACAGCACAUGGAGCUGCUGGUCAGUAACAUUACCACGCCAUGCCUGAGUUACCUGCUGGACAAGCUGAUACAGGAAGACAUCAUCACUGACAGAGAGAAGGAGUAUGUACGUUCUAAGCCGUCUACUGGGGGCACAGAGGAGGUUGAGAGGGCAGCAGCAGCAGCCAGAGUGGUGUCUCCUGAACAGACAAGAACACUGCUCAGUAUUCUGCUUACCAAAGAGAAGAGGGCGUUCCAAUGUCUAUGUAGAUGUCUGGAGAAGAAUGGACAGGGAUUUCUAGCAGAGCAGCUGAAAAGGUCAUGAUUCUUAUUGCUGUCUGAGGAUGACUGUCUACAUUCCUCUCUCCGGUAAGAUGACACUGGUGGUGACAUUUUCUGAUAAAAAGUUCAUUACUGUCUGGUGACUGUGACCCACUACUACAGCAGAUAUCCAAUUCCAUGGAUG